AUGUUAAAGUAAUGUACACAACAUUAAUUAGUCAUGCAAUUGUUUCUUUGAUAAAUUCAAUGAUGUAAUAUAAACCCUCUAACUCAAUGCAAAAGGAAGUUGCCAACUACUCUUCAAGAACAUUUUCAAAAUGGCACCUUCUAUGGCAACAUUAACCACUCUCAUUACCAUACUUUUCUCAAUAGCUUCUUCUGCAGUAUCAACUGCACAAGAAUCUACAAGACCCUUUAAGAAAAUUUACGCCUUCGGCGACUCGUUCACAGACACCGGUAACACGAAAAACGCCGAAGGACCAAGUGGUUUUGGCCAUGUAUCAAACUCACCAUAUGGCACAACAUUUUUCAACCAUUCCACAAAUAGAUACUCAGAUGGAAGACUUGUUAUAGAUUUUGUAACUGAAUCACUUUCUUUGCCUUAUCUUCCGCCUUAUCGACACAUCAAACGAUACAAUGACACUUUUGGUGUUAACUUUGCUGUUGGUGGUUCAACAGCUAUAAACCAUGAGUUCUUUGUUAGGAACAAUCUUUCACUUGAUAUUACUCCUCAAUCUAUUCAAACUCAGAUUUUGUGGUUUAAUAGGUAUUUGGAGAGACAAGGAUCAUGUCAAGGUGUUGAUUCAAAUUGUAGAGAUUUUGAUGAUACUCUUUUUUGGUUUGGUGAAAUUGGUGUUAAUGAUUAUGCUUAUACUCUUGGAUCUACAGUCUCACGUGAUACUAUAAAGAAGCUUGCAAUUUCAAGUAUCUCAGGAGCAUUGCAGACAUUGCUUGAGAAGGGUGCUAAGUACCUAGUUGUACAGGGUGCCCCUCUAGCUGGAUGUCUACCAUUAACAAUGUACUUAGCUCCUGAAGAUGACAGAGAUAGCAUAGGAUGUGUGAAAAGUGCUAAUGAACAAAGCAACAAUCACAACCUUAUGCUACAAGACAAAUUACAAGAAUUAAGAAAUAAGUAUCCAAAUGCUGUCAUAGUUUAUGCUGAUUACUUGAAUGCAUACCGUACUGUGAUGAAGAAUCCAAGUAAGUAUGGAUUCAAAGAAAUGUUCAGAGUCUGCUGUGGAUCAGGAGAAGCUCCUUACAAUUUCAAUGUAUUUGCUACUUGUGGUACACCUAAUGCAACUGUUUGCAGUAGCCCUUCUCAGUAUAUUAAUUGGGAUGGUGUUCAUCUUACAGAAGCUAUGUAUAAGGUUGUUUCUAAUAUGUUUUUGCAAGGAAACUUCACUCAACCUCCAUUUGAUUUUUUGUUGGAAAACAAAGAGAGGAAUGGCUAGAACUAGAAUGCAAUAUGGUUCCUCCAAAAAAUAAGUAUUACUAUUAGCUAGCUAGUCCUAAAUCGGCAUUUUAGUCCUUGGAAUUUUAAAGAUCGGUCUAUUUAGUCUUUUAAAUUUACGAAAUACCAAUUUUAGUCUCUUAAAUUGGACAAUAUCGGUCAAUUUAGUCUUUUUCACCGAAUCUAGUAUCACAAUUUUAAAGACUUAUGCUUGUCUUGAUGCGUUAAGACGCUCUGGUUUUGAUGGAUGUUUGCAAAAGAGAUAUUUAGGUGUCGAGAGACUAAAUUGACCGACUUUCUUUAAUUUAAGGUACUAAUUUGUUAUUUCGUAAAUUUGAGGGACUACUUUGCUCGAUCCUUACAAUUCCGAGUACUGAAAUGCUCAUUUACUCAAAGCUGCUUAUUAUAAGCAUUUGCUACUGUAACUUUGAGUGAGAGAAUCAAAUUUAUCUUCUUUUUUUCCA